AGUUCCCGUAGUCACAGUAAUGCACGUUGAGGAACCAUAGAAAGCACAUUUCAAGUUCCUGCGGAAAAAAGUAAGAUGGCUAAAAUGCUUGGAGUUCCUGAGCAAGAUGUUCUAAAAAGCCUUCUCAGUCACCAUCUUGGAUACCUCAUUUGCAAGAUACGCUAGUGAAUAUUGCCAGGCAGAUGGAAUACUGGACAUGUGGAAGGAAAGAAUUCUAGGCCACAUAUUUUUUCUGAAAACAGAAUGGCAAGAAUAAGAACAGCAGUUCUCAUUUCCAUCCUUCUGCUUCCCUUGAUGGCCAGAGUACAAAUGACUCAGAUCUUCGUGUAUGGGACUCUUAAAAAAGGCCAGCCAAACUACUUUGAGAUGGUGGACAAAAACAAUGGCAAAGCAGAAUACUGUGGCAAAGCACAAACGGUGGAGAAGUACCCCUUAGUGAUUGCAGGCAAAUACAACAUCCCAUUCCUCCUCAACGUGCCAGGCAGCGGGCAGCAGGUUAGAGGCGAGAUCUACUACGUGGAUAAGCAGAUGCUGCAGUUCUUGGACAAAUUUGAGGACUGUCCUCGCAUGUACCAGCGCACUCCUAUGAAGCUCUGGGUAGAGGAGUGGAAAGUUGGAAGUAAUCUGUCGGAAGUAACGCCAACUGUUGGGAGCAUCAUCGAAGCCUUUGCCUACAGCACCACUACUUACCAGCCUGAGUGGCUAAACCUCACUUGCUUUGACAGUUAUGAUGCCUAUGGUGAUCAUGGGCUGAUUUACACUGAACGUAAAAAGAGAUGAAGGGUACUGCAGUCCCAAUUUCUCAGAUCAGUUAUUAAAUCUAGGUAACAAAAUGAAUUCAUUGAUUGUAUAAAAAUUACAAUUAAUUAAGCACAAAAUCGUGAACUCUGUGAAAGUACAGUAAAUCGCCAUGUUGUCACAAACUCGCAUUUGGGUUCCGACAAAUUGCGAUGUGACUCGGCCCUUCCUCCCCGCUAGUCUCCAUAAUGACUAAUGUAAUGUGGUGAACAAAUAAAAGCAGGUUGUGCAGCAGACAUUUCAACUCAGAAAUUUCCCAACGUGAUCUGCAUGCAGAGUUAACAAGUAGUAGUUUUCGACAAAACCAUGUUGAAAUUGGAAGAAAUAUUUCUAUUAUAAGAGAUGUAUUCCCAGUUCUGCUCGUUUACAAUGUCGUAGGGCCACUCACAUCACUGGAGGUUUUGGUGCCGUGUUCUGAAUCGCAGAAAAUGAUACUGCGAAUACCUGGAAAUUGUGAUGUAAAUUGAAGGUUUACAAGUUACUCUGUACAUGUUACGUUUAUUGUGGUUUGAAAUGCACUCAUCAGUGCUGAUUUUUUCUAACCCCAAAAUAUGAAAAUAGCAUUGCAGUUCCCCUUUAAACCACCUUAAGGCAGGGAGCAGGUUUAUUUUAAAUACCAGGACACUAUUUUCACUGCAGGUUUAACUUGAAAAUUAUUGGCUAUAAAAAGAAGCAUGCAUAGGAUUUUUUAGACUAAGGAGUGUCUUAAGUUUCCUGAAAAAAAAGUAGAAUGGAUUAGAAUUCUAUGAAAUGAGAAUUAUAAUAUAUUAAUUAUAUAUUAUAUAGUAUAUAUAUAAAUUAAUAUAUAUAUUUUCCUUAUAAUCUAUAUCUUGAUAUAAAGGGACAAUACUGCACAAAUCUUUGUACCAGUGAUUCUUUAUUUGGAUGGAAACAAGUGUUAUUCAAAUGGAGUCACUCGGCACCUGUGAUUACUGUAGUUUGGGACAAUCAGAAAACUGUUGUCAAUGGGAGGAGGUAGUUAGAAUGAAAGAUUGCUGCUUGUAUUACUCUAUCAAAUCACUUACAAAGCAUUUUAAAAAACAACAUUGUAAGGCUUUAAAAAAAAUCUUCUGAAAGAACAAUAAAAGACUUAGCUUUGAUCUUAAA